CAUAUCCUUCCUUCCUAUAUUUAACGUUACUCGCCAACUUCUCGCCAUCGCCUCGACUCUCAUGGCUCACGCUUUCUUCUCCACGCUGCUGCUUCUUCUUCUUCUCCUUCUCCCUGCUGCACUCGCUAAAAGAAGCAGUUUUCCGACCGGUUUCGUCUUCGGCGCAGCCUCCUCUUCUUACCAGUAUGAAGGAGCAGUUUCAGAAGGGGGGAGAGGACAGAGUAUUUGGGAUACCUUCACUCACACUUACCCAGAAGAAAUAGCAGACAAGAGCAAUGGUGAUGUGGCUGUUGAUUUUUAUCAUCGUUUUAAGGAAGAUAUAAAGUUCUUAAAAUAUAUGGGGAUGGAUGCUUUCAGGUUCUCUAUCUCAUGGUCUAGAAUCCUACCAAAUGGAAGCUUAAGUGGUGGAAUCAACAGGGAGGGCAUAGAUUUCUACAACAACCUCAUCAAUGAUCUUCUUGACAAUGAUUUGCAGCCGUUUGUGACCCUCUUCCACUGGGACCUUCCCCAGAGUCUUGAAUCAGAGUACUUGGGCUUCCUUAGCCCCCUUGUCGUAGAUGACUUCAGAGAUUACGCGGAGCUGUGCUUCAAGGAAUUUGGAGACCGAGUGAAGCACUGGAUUACAUUCAAUGAGCCAUGGUCAUAUUGCAGCAGUGGGUACUCGAGUGGUUUGUUCCCUCCUAACCGAUGCUCUCCCUUUGAAUUUGUUAAGUGUGGAAAAGGCAAUUCAUCCAUAGAGCCCUACCUCUGUGCUCAUCAUCAAUUACUGGCUCAUGCAACUGCUGCCAAGAUUUACAGAGACAAAUAUCAGGUAUCUCAAAAGGGAUUGAUAGGCAUAACACUAGUAAGCCACUGGUUUGUGCCUUACUCCAACACCAAAGAGGAUGAAGAUGCAGUCUCUCGUUCUCUAGAUUUCAUGUUUGGAUGGUUCAUGGACCCCUUGACUCAAGGGGACUAUCCUUUCACAAUGAGAGCCAUUGUCGGGGAUCGCCUUCCAAAGUUUAGCACGGAGCAAUCUCAAUUGGUUAAAUCAUCAUUUGAUUUCAUCGGACUUAAUUACUAUACCACAUACUUUGCCGAUUCCAUUUCACUCUUGUCAAGAGUUAAUGUUAGCUAUGAUUCAGAUUCUCAUAGCCUGCAAACUGGUAUACGCAGAGGAGUUAGAAUUGGUACGCAGGCGGCCUCUAGUUGGCUCUUUAUCUACCCAAGAGGGAUAAGAGAGAUAAUUUUGUAUCUCAAGAACAAAUACAACAAUCCACUCAUCUACAUCACAGAGAAUGGAGUUGAUGAGGUGAAUAAUGCAUCAUGGCCACUGGACAAAGCCCUUCAAGAUGAUAUGAGGAUUGAUUACUACAAACAACAUUUACAAUUUGUUGGGGAAGCUAUCAGGGAGGGAGCUAAUGUGAGAGGAUACUUUGCAUGGUCAUUGUUAGAUAACUUUGAAUGGUUGAAUGGCUACACAGUUCGAUUUGGUAUCAUAUAUGUGGAUUACAAAAAUGGAUUAAAGAGAUACCCCAAGAGAUCUACCUCCUGGUUUCAACAAUUUCUCAAUAGUUAAUUUUCUAAGACCUAUAUUAGCAAUAAUCAUAGUAAAAAGGUUGUUCACCUCUCAAUUGCUAUUCUUCUAAUGUAAGUUGUCUUCUCCUUUUGAAGUUGCUAGACAUAAUUAAGUUAAUGAAAAACAAAAAAAAUUAAGAUAUGUGUGUGAUGCUACAGCUUUAUGAGAUUUAUAUUGUAUGCAAUCAUAUAUCUUCAUUUCUACUA